CAAGUAUAUACGUUGUCUGUCUUCCACUCCUGGCCUAGUCAUCUUAUCGUCCUCCUCUCAUUUUCUUUGGACAAUCGUUUCUUCCUGCCGUUUCUUCGAAGAUCCUUCAUCCGCCUCGCAACCGCCAAUACCAGUCCGCAUUCCGUGAACAAUCAUGGAUGGUUAUAUAUAUGAUCCCACUACAGAUCAGUGGGAUCAACACCCUCUCGGCACCGUCCCCUAUUCCGACCCUAGCGACAGUUACAACCAGGCUCUUAACGAAUCAUUGUUAUCAUCCUAUGACUACCACGCAAACCCGCACUACCCAUCCACAAUCGGUGAUAUUGACGUUCGAGACACUCGGGACCCAGGUUCCAACGUGCCAGCAUACUGGGAUCCGACCGAGCAUGGCUCUAGCAACCACUUCCCGACUCGCGGCUAUGUGUGGCGCAGUGAUCCCCGGAGCAGUGACGGGUCCUCCACCGCCAUCAGCAGCCCAUCAGAAGCCGAAGCCGAAGCAGACGCAAACCAUAUAAGCCCAACGCGGUCCGAACAUUCCGAAGAGUCUCACUACUCACUCUCCACCCUCUCACCCACCAACCCCCACCGCCGUGUCCGCGCCUCCGAAGUCCGCGAGCAGGCAAACGCCAUACCGCGCAGGACCCACGCCGGCCCAGGCUACCCGCACCACUUCGCCAACGCCGAACGCCUGCCGCUCGAGCAUAAUAACCGCCGCGACCUGAUCGAGUACCCGCUGAUGGCGGACGGCCAAGGGCCCUGGCACCCCGGCCAGCGGCGGGGGCCCGGCCCGGCGCGCAUCAUCGUCAACCAAGCUGACCGGUCGUCCGCCCCGGAGGUGGUGUACCAUGAUCCGGCCAGCCCGGUGGAGGGUGGUAGGAAGGGGAAACCGUUUGCCAAGGCGUCGUAUCGAAAGCGAGGGGAGUUAGGGUGA